AUAAGAGGUGAAUAUGAUAUAUUGAAAUAUAUAUUAUGAUAUAUUGAUGGUAUGGAAGUAGAUGAUUUUCAAAAACAAGUGUCUAAAUUCCAAAGAGUUAGUUCAAAUGGUAGUAGUACUACAACAACUGAUAAUUCACAAAAAUUAGCAACUCAUAGAGGCAUUCUAGAUGUCGGUACCGAACGAGGUAGUGAGAGCAAAUACGACGUUAAUUUAGGGCUAUGUGGAUGGCCCACGUCUCGAAUUGUUAGGGUUUCUAGAGCUUCUGGUGGAAAAGAUAGACAUAGUAAGGUCUUGACAUCGAAAGGAUUACGCGAUAGACGCGUACGCCUUUCGGUGUCGACCGCUAUUCAGUUUUAUGAUUUGCAAGAUAGGUUGGGGUAUGAUCAGCCUAGUAAAGCUGUUGAAUGGUUAUUAAAAGCUGCUUCUAGUUCAAUUGAUGAACUUCCUUCUUUAGAUCCUCCGUUUAGUACUGUUAGUACUAAUAGUAUGGAGGAUCUUGAAGAUCCGCCCCCCCACCAACAGCUGUUGGUGGGGCACAUUGAUGGCAAUAAUAACGUGGUAACGAAAUCGCCACCUGCUUGUAGUAGUACUUCUGAAACUAGUAAAGGGUCUGGCCUUUCUUUAAGUAAUAGAUCCGAAAAUCGAAUUAAAGCUAGAGAAAGAGCAAGAGAAAUGGUGUCUAAAAAAGAUAAGGAUAAGGAAAAGGAAAGUACUACUACUGCUACUGAUAAUCAUCAACAUCAAUUGCCUAAAACUUGUAACCCAACUUUUACGGAUCUCCUCACAGGAGGGAUCCAUAGUCGUCCAGUGUGUUCUGAAGCACUCAGAACACACUGGACAACACCGUCUAUGGACUAUUUCUUUUCUAGAAACCCCAACCCACAAUUAAUCCAAUUCAGCAACAACAACCAACAACCACAACAACAUUUUGCCUUCCUUCAAGAUGGUUUUGUACCAAUGGCGAUUAGUGGUGGUGGUAGUGAGAACUUAAACUUCUCAAUGUCGUCGACGACACCAUUAAUAUCGAAUAAUGGUAAUGUUGCAGGGGGGACCCUUCAGUCCAAUUUACCAUCAUCAACUCUUCUUUUACCUCAUCAUUCACAUCAUCAAUCGUCUAAUUCGAUUGGCCACGGAUCGACUUCUGGACAUAAUAUGCCAUUUUUCAUUGUUCCAAACCCGGGUUCUGACCAUUUUCCGACUGCUUACCAUCUUACCUAUGGCAAUGGAGCCAAUUCAGAUCAACACAAAGAAAAACCAAACAACUGAUUGAAGAGGUACUGAAGAUGGAGAAUGAUAAUGAAAUCGCGAGUGAUUGCAGGGCGUUAGCAUGCGAUGGAUCUAUUUAUUAUGACAAUAUAUUUCUGUAGGUGAUGAAGAUAAGUAAUUUGCAGUUACAUUGACAGUGAUUGAUCUACAAGAAAACGCAAAUUAUUCUACUUUUAAUUUGUAUUUUGAAGCUUUUUGAUUGCCUGCGAUGCAAUGCAAUGGCUUGCUUGUGUGUUUGCGUGAGAUAAAUGUGUGAGAUUCCUUCCUCUAUUGUUGCUAUUUUAGGAUUUGUUGGUGGUAUCUAAAACGUAUUUAGCUCAAUUUCAUGCUUAUAUUAUGUCUAA